AUGAAGUUUGGUGAGCAAUUGAAUAGGUCGCUAAUCAGACAGUAUAGUUACUAUUAUAUUUGUUACGAUGAUCUAAAGAACGAUUUGGAAGAAAAUCUGGGGAGAAAUAAUGGUAAUUGGAGUCAAGAGCUGGAGACUGAAUUCUUGGAAUCUUUAGAGGUUGAGUUGGAUAAAGUUUACACUUUUUGUAAAGUCAAACAUGGUGAAGUUGUAAGACGUGUAGAGGAAGCACAGGCUCAAGUUCAACAUACUGUGAGAUCUUUGGAUUCUAAUAUGCCUGCUACUGAGUUGGAUUUUGAUAUGUUGGAAGAAGAGUUGAGCGACAUCAUUGCUGAUGUGCACGAUAUUGCCAAAUUUUCCCGUUUGAACUACACUGGGUUCCAGAAAAUCAUUAAGAAGCACGAUAAGAAGACAAAGUUUAUCUUGAAACCUGUGUUCCAAAUUAGAUUGGAUGCUAAACCUUUUUUUAAGGAUAACUAUGAUGAGCUAGUGCAGAAAAUUUCUCAACUGUACGAUAUUGUGAGAACUAGAGGUAAACCUAUCAAGGGUGACUCUUCUGCAGGUGGUAAACAACAAAAUUUCGUUAGACAAACAACUAAAUACUGGGUUCACCCAGAUAAUAUCACUGAAUUGAAAUUGAUUGUACUAAAACAUUUGCCCGUUUUGGUUUUCAACGCUAAUAAGGAGUUUGAACAAGAAGAUUCUGCCAUUACUUCCAUUUACUACGAUAACGAAGAUUUGGACUUGUAUUAUGGCCGUUUGAGAAAGGAUGAAGGUGCCGAAGCUCAUAGAUUGAGAUGGUACGGUGGUAUGGGAUCUGACACAAUCUUUGUCGAGAGAAAGACCCACAGAGAGGAUUGGACUGGUGAAAAAUCCGUCAAGGCAAGAUUCGCUAUAAAGGAGCGCAACGUUAAUGACUUCACUAGUGGUAAGUUUACCGUCGAGCAAGCAUUUGCCAAGAUGCGUAAGGAAGGUAAGAAGUCUAUCAAGGAGAUUGAAAAUUUGGAAGCUUUGGCCAUCGAGAUUCAGUACACCAUGUUGAAGAAAAAACUAAGGCCUGUGGUUAGAUCGUUUUACAACAGAACUGCUUUCCAGUUGCCAGGUGACGCUAGAGUUCGUAUCUCUCUUGAUACCGAAUUGACUAUGGUCAGAGAGGACAACUUCGAUGGGUUUGAUAGAACAAAGGGUAACUGGAGAAGAACUGAUAUUGGUGUUGAUUGGCCUUUCAACCAAUUGGAUGAGAAAGACGUUUGUAGAUUCCCAUAUGCUGUUUUGGAAGUCAAAUUACAAACUCAGUUGGGUCAGGAGCCUCCGGAGUGGAUUCGUGAACUAGUGGGAUCUCACUUGGUUGAGCCAGUUCCGAAGUUCUCCAAGUUCAUUCACGGUGUCGCUACUUUGCUAAAUGACAAAGUGGAAUCAAUUCCGUUUUGGUUACCUCAAAUGGGCGUCGAUAUUAAGAAACCCGCUAUCAAAUCUAAUAUCAACAUCACUAGGCCUGAGAGAGACGACGACGACGAUGAUGAUUAUGACGACGAUGACGACGAAGAUGCUGCACUAGUCGAAGCAAUGGGCGCCACAGGUAACUCUCUCGAUAUCGAAGAGAGAGCUGGUAAUUAUGGUUCCAUCGAGAACCGCGCAGAUGCUUCUCAACAGGACAACGAAGGUAGAAGCUCCAAUGCUAAGUACUAUCAAAGAAGAAUAAACACUUCUGGCAACUCAGUGAUGAAGUGGUACUACAAGGCCCUUUACCAGCUUGAUCACUAUCUGAACGGUGACCAGAUCAGCAAAGUUCCAAAGGGUACUGUGUUCGACAGCCAGGUUGUAGCUCCACCAGGAAAGACAAUCUGUGUUCCAGUCCGCGUUGAACCAAAGGUCUACUUUGCCACUGAGAGAACCUUCCUCUCAUGGCUAUCGAUAGCUUUGAUUCUGGGUGGUGUUGCCACCACUUUGGUCACUUACGGUUCAAGAACCACUAUGAUCGUCUCAACAGGGUUCUUCAUUACAGCCCUUGCCACCAUCAUCCAUGCGAUAAUAACCUACGCUACAAGAGUGGUUAACAUAAGGCUCAAGAGAGCUGUGGAUUACGAAGAUAAAUUGGGUCCUCCAAUGAUCUGCACUUUCCUAAUGCUUUCGAUCUUCUUCUCCUUCUUCUGUAAUCUAGUAUGGUAG